UCUGAUUUGGUUGUUUACCAUCAAUCAGACCGUUGCUUGGCAGACACUGGAUGGUUAUGAGCCUGAACAAGCUGAAAAGGGGCAGGAAAAGAAGUGGAGGCAGCAUUCUUCCUAUUUAAAGCUGCAUCGCUUGAAAAAAGUUUUCGCAGACUGUGCUGGAGCUGGUGCUGAAAAAGGGGGUUUGCAGAGGCUGCCCCGGGGCUGGUGCUGACAGAAGAGCCCGCAGCUGACUUCAUGGUGCUACAAUAACCUUAGAAUCUGCUUUUCACUCUCAGGAGGACCCACAUGUCUAAUAUUUAGACAUGAUGGCAAACUGGGUGGAAGCAAGACCUCUCCUCAUUCUUACUGUUUUAUUAGGGCAAUUUGUCUCAAUAAAAGCCCAGGAAGAAGGCGAGGAUGAAGGAUAUGAUGAAGAAAUAGCCUGCACUCAGAAUGGUCAGAUGUACUUAAACAGGGACAUUUGGAAACCUGCUCCUUGCCAGAUCUGUGUCUGCGACAAUGGAGCCAUUCUUUGUGACACGAUACAGUGCCAGGAGGUGCUUGAAUGUGCCGACCCUAUAACUCCCCCUGGGGAAUGCUGUCCUGUCUGUCAACAUACAACUGGAGGUGGCAAUACCAAUUUUGGGAGAGGAAGAAAGGGACAAAAAGGAGAACCAGGAUUAGUGCCUGUUGUAACAGGCAUACGUGGUCGCCCAGGACCAGCAGGACCUCCAGGAUCACAAGGACCAAGAGGAGAGAGAGGCCCAAAAGGAAAACCUGGUCCUCGUGGUCCUCAGGGAAUCGAUGGAGAGCCCGGUGUUCCUGGUCAACCUGGUGCCCCAGGGCCUCCUGGGCACCCCUCUCACCCAGGACCCGAUGGCAUGAGCAGGCCGUUUUCAGCUCAGAUGGCUGGGCUGGAUGAAAAAUCCGGACUCGGGAGUCAAGUCGGACUGAUGCCUGGAUCAGUGGGUCCUGUUGGCCCAAGGGGACCUCAAGGUUUACAAGGGCAACAAGGUGGCAUUGGCCCUACAGGACCUCCUGGUGAACCUGGUGAACCUGGACCAAUGGGUCCAAUUGGUGCACGUGGACCAGAGGGCCCUCCUGGAAAACCUGGUGAAGAUGGUGAACCUGGUAGAAAUGGAAAUCCUGGUGAAGUGGGGUUUGCAGGAUCUCCGGGAGCUCGAGGAUUUCCUGGGGCUCCUGGUCUUCCAGGCCUGAAGGGACACCGAGGACACAAAGGUCUGGAAGGCCCUAAAGGUGAAGUUGGAGGAACUGGUUCCAAGGGUGAAGCUGGCCCUACUGGUCCAAUGGGUGCCAUGGGACCUAUGGGACCAAGGGGAAUGCCAGGAGAGAGAGGGAGGCUUGGGCCACAGGGUUCUCCUGGACAACGAGGUGCUCACGGUAUGCCUGGAAAACCUGGGCCAAUGGGUCCCCUUGGGAUACCUGGCUCUUCUGGUUUUCCGGGAAAUCCUGGGAUGAAGGGAGAAGCAGGUCCCACUGGGGCUCGAGGCCCUGAAGGUCCUCAGGGGCAAAGAGGCGAAACGGGGCCACCGGGUCCAGUUGGCUCACAAGGUCUUCCUGGUGCAGUGGGAACUGAUGGUACACCUGGUGCCAAAGGCCCAACAGGCUCUCCGGGUACCUCUGGUCCUCCUGGCUUAGCAGGGCCCCCUGGAUCUCCAGGACCUCAGGGUAGCACUGGACCUCCAGGAAUUCGAGGCCAACCGGGUGAUCCAGGAGUUCCAGGUUUCAAAGGAGAAGCUGGCCCGAAAGGGGAACCAGGGCCACAUGGCAUUCAGGGUCCAAUAGGCCCACCUGGUGAAGAAGGCAAAAGAGGUCCCCGAGGUGAUCCAGGGACAGUCGGUCCUCCAGGCCCAAUGGGAGAAAGGGGUGCUCCUGGCAAUCGAGGUUUUCCAGGCUCUGAUGGUUUACCUGGACCAAAGGGGGCUCAAGGAGAGCGGGGUCCUGUCGGUUCUUCAGGACCUAAAGGAGGUCAAGGGGAUCCAGGACGUCCAGGUGAACCUGGGCUUCCAGGUGCUCGGGGUCUGACCGGAAAUCCUGGUGUUCAAGGUCCUGAGGGAAAACUUGGACCUUUGGGUGCUCCAGGUGAGGAUGGCCGGCCAGGUCCUCCAGGCUCCAUAGGCAUCAGAGGGCAGCCCGGGAGCAUGGGUCUUCCAGGCCCCAAAGGUAGCAGUGGUGACCCUGGAAAACCUGGAGAAGCAGGAAAUGCUGGUGUUCCUGGUCAGAGGGGAGCUCCUGGAAAAGAUGGUGAAGUUGGUCCUUCUGGUCCUGUGGGCCCCCCGGGUCUAGCUGGGGAGAGAGGAGAACAGGGCCCUCCAGGCCCCACUGGCUUUCAGGGGCUUCCUGGUCCUCCAGGGCCACCUGGGGAAGGUGGAAAGCCAGGUGACCAGGGGGUCCCUGGAGAUCCCGGAGCAGUUGGCCCGCUAGGACCUAGAGGAGAACGAGGAAAUCCGGGGGAAAGAGGAGAACCAGGAAUAACCGGACUCCCUGGUGAGAAGGGCAUGGCUGGAGGACACGGUCCUGAUGGCCCAAAAGGCAGUCCAGGACCAACUGGGACCCCUGGAGAUACAGGCCCACCAGGCCUUCAAGGUAUGCCGGGAGAAAGAGGAAUUGCAGGAAUUCAUGGCCCCAAGGGUGACAGAGGUGGUGUAGGAGAGAAAGGUGCUGAAGGCACAGCUGGAAAUGAUGGAGCGAGAGGUCUUCCAGGUCCCUUGGGUCCUCCAGGUCCUGCGGGUCCCACUGGAGAAAAGGGUGAACCUGGUCCUCGAGGUUUAGUUGGCCCUCCUGGCUCCCGUGGCAAUCCUGGUUCUCGUGGUGAAAAUGGCCCUACUGGGGCUGUUGGUUUUGCUGGACCCCAGGGCCCUGACGGGCAGCCUGGAGUAAAAGGUGAACCUGGAGAGCCCGGACAGAAGGGCGAUGCUGGCUCUCCUGGACCACAAGGUCUAGCAGGAUCCCCAGGCCCUCAUGGUCCUAAUGGUGUUCCUGGACUAAAAGGUGGUCGAGGAACUCAGGGUCCACCUGGUGCUACAGGAUUUCCUGGUUCUGCCGGGAGAGUUGGACCUCCAGGCCCCACUGGAGCUCCAGGACCUGCAGGGCCUUUAGGGGAACCCGGGAAGGAGGGACCACCAGGUCUUCGUGGGGACCCUGGCUCUCAUGGCCGAGUGGGAGAUCGAGGACCAGCUGGCCCCCCUGGUGGCCCAGGAGACAAAGGUGACCCAGGAGAAGAUGGACAACCUGGUCCAGAUGGUCCCCCUGGUCCAGCUGGAAUGACUGGACAAAGAGGAAUUGUUGGCAUGCCUGGACAGCGUGGAGAGAGAGGCAUGCCCGGUCUGCCAGGCCCAGCGGGCACACCAGGAAAAGUAGGACCAACUGGUGCACCAGGAGACAAAGGUCCACCUGGACCCGUGGGCCCCCCAGGCUCUAACGGCCCUGUGGGGGAACCUGGCCCUGAAGGUCCGGCUGGUAAUGAUGGUACCCCAGGACGGGAUGGUGCUGUGGGAGAACGUGGGGAUCGUGGAGACCCUGGACCUGCAGGCCUGCCAGGCUCUCAGGGUGCGCCCGGGACUCCAGGCCCUGUUGGUGCCCCAGGAGAUGCAGGGCAGAGAGGAGACCCGGGUUCUCGGGGCCCUAUAGGACCACCUGGUCGAGCUGGGAAACGUGGCUUACCUGGACCCCAAGGACCUCGUGGUGACAAAGGUGAUCAUGGAGAUCGAGGUGACCGAGGUCAGAAGGGUCACAGAGGCUUUACUGGUCUUCAAGGUCUUCCUGGACCUCCUGGUCCAAAUGGCGAACAAGGCAGUGCUGGAAUCCCUGGACCAUUUGGCCCAAGAGGUCCUCCAGGCCCAGUUGGUCCUUCUGGUAAAGAAGGAAACCCUGGUCCACUCGGGCCUAUUGGGCCUCCUGGUGUGCGGGGCAGUGUCGGAGAAGCAGGACCUGAGGGUCCUCCUGGUGAGCCUGGUCCACCUGGCCCUCCGGGUCCCCCUGGCCACCUUACAGCUGCUCUUGGGGAUAUCAUGGGGCACUACGAUGAGAGCAUGCCAGAUCCACUUCCAGAGUUUACUGAAGAUCAGGCGGCUCCUGACGACAAAAACAAAACUGACCCAGGGGUCCACGCUACCCUGAAGUCACUCAGUAGUCAGAUUGAAACCAUGCGCAGCCCUGAUGGCUCUAGAAAGCACCCAGCCCGGACUUGUGAUGACUUGAAGCUUUGCCAUUCCGCCAAGCAGAGCGGUGAGUACUGGAUUGAUCCUAACCAGGGAUCUGCUGAAGAUGCAAUCAAAGUUUACUGCAACAUGGAAACAGGAGAAACAUGUAUUUCAGCAAACCCUUCCAGUGUACCAAGGAAAACCUGGUGGGCCAGCAAAUCUCCUGACCAUAAGCCUGUUUGGUAUGGUCUUGAUAUGAAUAGAGGAUCUCAGUUUGUUUAUGGAGACCACCAGUCACCUAAUGCAGCCAUUACUCAAAUGACCUUCUUGCGCCUUUUGUCAAAAGAAGCCUCCCAGAACAUCACGUACAUCUGUAAAAACAGUGUAGGAUACAUGGAUGAUCAAGCUAAGAACCUCAAGAAAGCUGUGGUUCUCAAAGGGUCAAAUGACUUAGAAAUCAAAGCGGAGGGAAAUAUUAGAUUCAGAUAUGUAGUUCUUCAAGAUACUUGCUCUAAACGAAAUGGAAAUGUGGGCAAGACCAUCUUUGAAUAUAGAACACAGAACGUGGCACGCUUGCCCAUCAUAGAUCUUGCUCCUGUGGAUGUUGGCAGCACAGACCAGGAAUUUGGCAUUGAAAUUGGGCCCGUUUGUUUUGUGUAAAGCCGAGCUACAACGACAAUGAGCACCACCCCCACCAUCAACGACCACCACCAUUCACAAGAACUUUGACUGAAGCUGAUCCUGAGACUCUUGAAGUAAUGGCUGAUCCUGCAUCAGCAUUGUAUAUAUGGUCUUAAGUGCCUGGCCUCCUUAUCCUUCAGAAUAUUUAUUUUACUUACAAUCCUCAAGUUUUGAUUGAUUUAAAAUAUUUUUCAAUACAGCAGUUUAGGUUUAAGACGACCAAUGACAAUGACCACCUUUAAAAAAAGUAAACUGAUUGAAUAAAUAAAUCUCCGUUUUCUUCAAUUUAUUUCAGUGUAAUGACAAAGUUGCUUAGUAUUUAUGAGAAAAUUCUUCUUCCUGGCUGGUAGCUUAAAGAGUGGGGUAUGUAAAACCACAACACGUGUUUAUUUCACUUGGCUGCGGUUUGAAAAAUAGAAAGUAGUGCCCUUUUGUGACCUCUCAUGUCCCAGAUUAUCAAUUAAAAAUGAAAUCAAAAUGUUUACUCUUGUGAUUGAAACCCUCAUGCAUGUCUCGAUAUUGUAAAACUAUCAUAGAGACUCUUUAAAGAGAACCUUGAAAAAAGUAUCAGUUUCUCACUGUCUUAAAUGGAAUUUUAAAAUAACAUAUAUUCAAUGGAAUUUCUGGAAAACAAAGUGAUCUUAAAUUUUUGUAAAGGAUGAUAAGUUUAGACUUCUUUCUCAUUCAAGUUUAAAGGUACCUUUCCCUCUUGACUCAAUCUAUCGAUAUAGAUAGAAGUUUCAUGAAUAUGCCAUUGAAAUCAUUUGCACUUUCUUAUUUGAGAAGAAGUAAAAUGCGAGAUAGUUUACACAUACAACUUUAUAAACAUAUGUCCAGGACCCAAAGUUGAGAGUCCUCCACAUGCACAAUCUCAUCAUCCUGAAGCCUAUAAUGAAGAAAAAGAUUUAGAAACUGAGUUGUGGAGCUGACUCUAAUCACAUGAGAUGAUUGGAAAUAGAACAUUUGGCCUUUGAAUCCUCAUAGGAAAAAUGACCCAACAUUUCUUAGCAUGAGCUACCUCAUCUCUAGAAGCUGGGAUGGACUUACUAUUCUUGUUUAUAUUUUAGGUACUAAAAGGUGCUAUGCUUCUGUUAUUAUUCCAAGACUGGAGAUAGGCAGGGCUAAAAUGUAUUAUUAUUAUUUUUCCUUUAAUGAUGGUGCUAAAAUUCCUUCUAUAAAAUUCUUUAAAAAUAAAGAUGGUUUCAUCACUACCAUUUGUGAAAACAUAACUGUUAGACUUCCUGUUUCUGAAAGAAGGAGCAUUGUUCCAGUGCCUUUUCACUGUUCAUCUGUCAUUCUGUAUCUGGAAUGUUUUGUAAUACUUGCAUGUUUCUUAGACCAGAACAUGUAGGUCCCCUUGUGUCUCAAGGUUUUUUUUUUUUUUUUUUUUCCUUAAUUGCAUUUGUUGGCUCCAUUUUUAUUUUUUCUUUAAGAAUAAACAGCUGGGACCAUCCCAAAGGACAAGCCAUGCACACAACCUUAGUUAUGUAUCUCUGCAAAGCAUCGAAUUAAAUGCACGCUUUUGUCAUGUCAAUGGUUUUCGUUUUGUGGAAUUCCUUUGAACAUAUUAGAUCCAUUUCAUUUCCAAUAGUGAAAAGUAAGGUGUUGUAGUAUUCCGUUUGUUUAGAAGAUAAAACAACAAAUACCUUCCAUUGUGUAUAUGCUGGCUUAUAAAUGAAAUUCAAUUUGCAGCCUCACUCACAAAGGCUACAUGAUGCCAAUUAUCACUGUCUAUGCCCUUAAAAAUCUCAGGGUAGUAUUAUUGAUAAAAAGAGAAAAGCAACUGAUUUUUCAUGGUUGAAUAAACUGUGAUAAUAAAACAUCUGUCUCAAAGUGUAUCACAUAUGAAUUUAGCCUAAAUGUUUUCAGAGUUUUAUUUUCACCAUUUGUUUCACAACAUUGUUUUUCCCCAAAUUGGUUAUUAUUUGAGCUCUACAUAUUG